UAAAAAUGCCCACCUGCUGUCCUGCGUGCAUCAUUCACAGACUGCACUAGUUAGAAAGAGCCAAAUUGCAAAAUAUGGUCCCUCUUCCAUUAUCAACUCUCUCUUUCUUAACUCUCUGUUCAUCUUCUGCUAUUAGUUUUCACUUUUCACCCAUAGCUGAAAUUUGUUCUUCAAAGCAUUGGAGAGGAACCUCAACAAGCAUACUUCGUCUUCUUUCUUGGAUUUUCUUUAGCUAGCUCUCUCUCUCUCUCAUUUUGUCUCUUUCUUCAGGCUUUCAAAGGAUGAUCCAAGAUGUAUGACUAUUGAUUGCGGCUGUUUGCUUGAUUAUUUCUGGUUUUGCUUGCAAGUCCACGGAGGAUAUUGUCUAGAAUUUCCAAUUCAAUAUCUUGGAUUAUCUUUGAAGUUACUCUCAUGAUUUGUUUCAUGAUUGAUACUUGAGAAGCUAUUAGUUUAAUUGAAGAUAUAGUUAGUUGGUGUUAUUGUGGAAGUAAUGGAGCAAAAAGAGGGAGAGAGCUGGAGGGAAUUGGUAAGAAAGAUGCUUCCUCCAGGUGCUUCUCUUCCUGAGGAUGAUACUAAACUUGAUUACUCCAUAGCUAUAGAGUAUCAAGGUCCUCCGGUCCCUUACAAGGUUCCUAAAGUUGAACCUCUUGACGUAAGUUCUCAUGCAAUCCCAACUGCAGAACAACUUUCAGAGUCGCAAAGAUCAGCUGAAAAUGUUAGUCCUCCAAUAAUUGAACCAAUACCUUUGCCCGUGUCUUGUAUAGCUGGUGUCACAAGCUCACCCAUUCAAAGCCCCAGAGUAUCAGCAAGCUCGGAGUCAGAGGUGUCUGUGUUGCAAAACCCAGAUUUUUCUUCUGCUUCAGCUUCAGCUUCACCAGGCUCAGUCCAUAUUCCUUCUAAUCAUCCUCCAAAACAAGUGAUCAAUGAAGGGAAGAGAAUACCAGUUGUUACAUUUAAUACUGUUGAUAGAUCUGAGAAGAAAGAUAUUGAUGUGGAGAAGCCAUUUUCUCCUGAGUAUGUUGGGGUUUCCAAAGGAAAGAUGAAGAAAAAGAGUAGAUUCUGUUACAGGUGUGGAAAAGGUAAGUGGGAAACCAAAGAAUCAUGCGUGGUUUGUGAUGCUAAGUAUUGUAGCAAUUGCGUACUGAGGGCUAUGGGAUCAAUGCCUGAAGGCCGUAAAUGUGUGACUUGCAUUGGGGAAGCAAUUGAUGAAUCAAAGCGGUCCAAGUUAGGUAAACAUUCCAGGGUCUUAUCUCGAUUGCUCAGUGCUUUGGAAGUUAAGCAGAUAAUGAAAGCAGAGAAAGAGUGCUCUGCUAAUCAACUUCGACCAGAGCAACUAAUUGUCAAUGGAUUCCCUUUGAAGCCAGAAGAGAUGGCAGAAUUACUUGGAUGCCCAUUACCUCCACGAAAACUGAAGCCAGGUAGAUAUUGGUAUGAUAAGGAAUCUGGUCUCUGGGGAAAGGAGGGGGAAAGGCCAGAUAGAAUCAUAAGUUCAAACUUAAAUUUUACAGGAAAACUCAGUCCAGGUGCAAGCAGUGGGAACACUGAAGUUUAUAUUAAUGGCCGGGAAAUUACCAAACUUGAACUGAGGGUGCUAAAAAUCAAAUAAUGAUUUGGGCAAAGCAGCUAAGGGUGCAAUGAGCCAAACUGUUGGAAAGCGUGAGAAAUUUGGUACAAAACUACAAAUGGUUAAAGAGUUGAAAGGGUAGCUGUGGAAAAUUCAUGAAUAAAGCGAAUAACCUAGAUGGCAACCUAAUCUACGUCGUAUUUGAGAGAAGGAUCAAGCCACCCCUUCUCCCCUAGCACAUGCACACUUUUGCAUUUGCUCGCACUCGCGAAAGAGCCAGAACAGAAGAGUAAAUGGGCAACUAUCUUUGAAAUUAUAUUGUUAAAAGCACUAAUUGAAACAGGUGGGAUUCCUUUGGAGUGAUUCCUUUUCAACCAUAGCCCUUCUCUGUUCAGGAUGAGCUAGGAUACCUUUUCUGUUCUUUUGCAGAAGAGAAAGCAAGAACAAAAGACCUGUAGGAAGGAGACAGGACUUUAAAGUAAAGAAUUUGAUUGAUGGGUUGAAUUGUACAAGAACAUGUCCCUUAUCUCAAAGUAAUAGGAAGGUCAGCAUUGGAAUCAGAAGCAGCGGGAGUAUCAGGCAGUAAUGAAUAAGAUUCAAUGGGAAGGGAAAGAGGGCUUAAGUUCCAAAGACUUGUGGAGUGUGGAGUGGAGCUUAGUGCACAAAUCACAGGUAU